UAUUAUGUCCUUUUCCUUCCCUGUUUAUAUUUUCUGUCGUUCACAUUUUUACAGCUCUUCACCAGCGCAUCACUAGCGGCCAAUAGCAUUUCCGCUACCGCAGUGACGUCAUGGCGGACCGCUGCUCCUUAGAAUAAAAAGAAGCGGGGAAGUGAAGCCUGAGCAGCACUGCAAAAUGUUAGAUUCUCUUGCUUUGCUGUUGGAGAAAACCUUUCUUCUUGCACAUUUUAACUUUUUCAGCACAGCUUCACCUAAACCAGAAAGAUGCGCAAAGCGCCGCGAGGAGGGCACUUAUUAUUUCCAGCGCGGGGAUCUCCUGGAGGUUCCUCGCACUUUGUUCACUCACUUUGGCAUUUAUCUCGGUGACAACAAAGUCGCACACCUUAUGCCUGACAUACUGCCGGUUCUGACGAGCAACAAAUCUCAAAUCCAGAAAGUUGUGACGAACAAGCGCUUGCUCCUUGGUGUGAUCUACAAGUACGCCUCAAUACGGGUCGACACGGUGGAGGAUUUUGCCUACGGAUCUCCUAUUUUGCUCAACACAAUGGAUACUACCCUGAGGAGACAGCCGCUGGCUGCUGAGGAUGUCGCCAGGAGAGCUGAAAAACUUAUCGGUCAUAUUCCGUAUAGUCUCCUGUGGAAUAACUGCGAACAUUUUGUCACUUACUGCCGCUACGGGACAGCGGUCAGCCUGCAGACAGAGCAGUUCUGUGAAAGUUUAAAGUCAGUAAUCCGGGACCAGAGGAGUGUUCUUCUGACCACUGUCAUCGGAAUGCUUUCCAUGUUUUUUCUUGGAAUAGCGCCAUCCACCGCACUUCCAACCUUUAUCAUUCCUUUCAUCUUGUGGAUGGCUGGAUAAUAGACUAUUUAACGUAUUUAAAAGUUUGUAUUUUUUGCUUCUAUUAUAGAAUGUCACUGCAACAGUUGUUGCCAUUGACAGUUGUAUUUUUUCGCUAUUGAUAACUUAAUCUUUUUCAUUAUUUUUACCUUCAUAUAUUAACAUUUUACAUUGUUGUACAUUUUAUGACACCUUUUUAUAAACAUACUGUACAGUGUUAACAAGUAAAUAAAUGUAAAUUCAAAUGACAAAAUGGUGUUUCUUAUGCUCUUGCCUAAUUAUAGCACAAAUAUGUGACCCUGGACCACAAAACUAGUUAUAAGGGUCAAUUAUUUUUUAAAUAAAUACGCUUUCCAUUGAUGUAUGGUUUGUUAGGAUUUGACCAUAUUUGGCCAAGAUGCAACUAUUGGAAAAUCUAGAAUGUGAGGGUGCAAAAAAAAUCAAAAUAUUGAGAAAAUCGCCUUUAAAGCUGACCAAAUGAAGUUCUUAGCAAUGCAUAUUACUAAUCAAAAAUUACCUUUUGAUAUACGGUAGGAAAUUUACAAAAUAUCUUAAUGGAACAUGAUCUUAACUUAAUAUCCUAAUGAUUUUUGGCAUUAAAGAAAAAUGCCAAAUGUACCCGUACUCCUUACGGCUUGUUUUGUGGUACAGGGUCACAUAUAGACUAAAAUAGAAUAUUUUUUUCCAUUUCACAAAGUUUCAUGAAGAACCUUUAACAUCAGUGGAAUCUCUUUUCAUAAAGUGAAAAAAGGUUCUUUAGAUUUUUAAAAUAUUCUUCAGACUAAAACUUUUG